GCUUGUCAGACGCAAAAAGAAACCACAGAAGAGAAAUUGCUGGACCGCCAGCCAAUCACACUUAAGAAAAGAAGACGAUGGUCUUUGGAAAGUUCAAUUCUCAGAGAAGAUAAGACUGUUUGGGCCGUGCUGCUUCAUCAUGACAGAACAACGCUGACGGAGCCCGGAUACCGUCAGCAUGAUUUGGUGCCUAAACCACAAGCGGACACAUUUCUAACAACACAACCCAGGCUGUUUGGAAUAUCGGAACGUAAAGCUAUAUUUGUGUAAGAGAAGUGAGGUCUUCAUCCAGACCACUAUGGUGGAUAAUCGGUAUGCCACAGCGCUGGUCAUCGGCUCAGUGCUGAGCCUGAUGGCCACGGUCUACCUGUCCGUGGCUGUGGGAACUCAGCACUGGUUCCAGUACAGCAGCCCGCCCCUCAAACAGGCCAUCAACCUGUCGACGCUCAAAGAGGAUUUCAUCAGCGGAGAUUUCGAGGAGAAGAACUACAGUGACACAAUGUUCCGCCUGAACGGAACUCUGGGAUUGUGGUGGAGGUGCAUCCAGGUGCCCAGCUGGUCUCACUGGUACAAAGAGCCAGAUGGUCUUCAUCCAGGCAAUGACAGUAACGACAGAACACAGCCCUCAGAGUGCACUCAUCUAAGUGGAUGUCCAGACCCAAAGAUGGAGACCCACUGCGUGAGCUUCACUCUUCCUCAGCAGUUCAAACAAAAGUAUAAAUACCAGGAGGACAGCCCCGAAGAUCUGCUGAGAACCUACCUGUGGAGGUGCCAGUUCCUCUUGCCCCUGGUGUCCCUGGCUCUGGUGUUUCUCAGCGGGCUCGUUGGCGUGUGCGCCUGCCUGUGCCGCAGCUUUACGCCCACUUUGGUUGUGGGAGUACUCCAUUUUCUUGCAGGUCUGUGCUCUCUUGGCACCGUCUGCUGUUUCCGAGCUGGUGUGGAUUUGCUGCAUCACAAUCACGAACCCCCAAGCGGGGUGGAUGGCUCCAUGGGCUGGUCGCUCUACCUCGCCCUCAUCUCCUUCCCUCUGCAGAUGAUGGCAGCUGCUCUGUUCCUCUGGGCAGCCAAAAGUCACCGCAAGAGCUACACCCGCAUGGUGGCGUACAGGGUAGCGUAAACGUGAGCAGUAGCAUACUUUAAACAACCAACAGGUCCCAGAUCUUCCCGAUAACCGCUUGUGGAGCCGGUCGGUGAAAAGCAGAAUGCACAAUGAAACAAUCACAGGGUGUCGCUGACCUGCGUCACAUGCAGAAGCUUCCUCCUCCUCUUUAGGUUUCUUUGCAUGCUUCCAGAUGUUUUGGUGUGAGAUUAUCUUUUGUGCUCUUGUUGUUUUGUUGCCAAAGCUUCUAAGCUGCUCACCACAUCCUCCUUAAUUCAGCUCAAGAUGCUAAACCUGCACUAUAAAGACUUUCAGACCUGGACCAGGUCUAGGUAGCUAUUUCCGUGUGACUAGAAUAUCAAACAUGCCUUCAUUUUAGUGUUUUGUUGUCUUGUUUCUGCACAAUUUUAAAUAUCAAGCCUUUGCACGUCUUUUUCGAGAUGACCUUUCCAUCUGUGGUAAUUGUGGGUUUGAGCCUGUGUGGUAUGUCACCGUUAAAUGUCACCAAAUGUCACUCACUGAGAACGGAACCACUCACCUUCCAUUGUCACUGGGGUUAAUACGCCAACUGUGUGUUUAAAAUGCAAUUAAUUAGGAUUAUUCAGUUUAAUUGACUUGAUGUCACUCGGGGAGACCAGCUCCUUUUAAACUAAACCACUGCCGUUUUAACACUUUUUAACCUUUUAACUCGAAUCGUGUAGAACUCCGUUUUUGUUGGCUUAGGAACGAAUGGCUGCUUGACCACAGCGUUAUUACCGUCAUUUAAAUUAGCAGCAGCAAUAAAAUCUUCAAAAGUUUAGCAAUAAUGAUGCUUUAGCAGUGAAGUUAAACCCGAGCGCUGCGAUCCUUCAGAAAGGAUGGAUUAUGGUUCGGAGUCAAGACCAAUGGGGAAUAAAAUAAAACUUUAUAAAGAAAAUUAUUCUCCAGAAAGAGAGUUUGUCUUGGUGCGAAUCACUUGUGACUUUUUUAGUUUCUAGCUCUUGGCUGGUUAACACAAGUACAAGUGUGUACACCACGGUGUCUGCUUCCAUGUCUGAUAUGAAUUCUAUGCCUUUGUAAAAGUUUUAGGUGUUCUGAAGCACAUUGUUUGUACUUGUUCUGUAUUAUUAAAUCAGACAUUUGCCAACUUUUAA